UCUGACUAGUUGGUGGCCUUGAGUGAAUGAGCUGUUAUCAUCCCACAAAGACGCCAGCCUCACUGUCCUACCAGGUGUUUGCAGGAUGGGCCGCUGACGCCUGAUCGCGGGCUGUAAGGUCCCUUCCUCGCAGGCGUUACUGCGUCCCUGAUAUGACCGCAGGUUUGAGAGCUGGGCGAUGAGGUCAUUAUCAACACGGCGGCCUGGGGUCCUCCCUGACGGAGGUGGGAGCAUGAGCCGUCUCUCUCUCUGCCUGGCGGCUCGGCUCCCGCCCGGACACGCCCAGCCUGUGGGGCUGGCACAGCUCCGGCACCACUUCUCACCACUAAGAGCGGAUCCAGAAUUCAGAGCAAGAGAAGGCCCGGUGUCACAGAGCUAGCCAACGCCUUCGGGGGCCCGGCCGGCGUGGCUCAGCGGUUGAGCAUCGACCUAUGAACCAGGAGGUCACGCUCGCGUUAUGACCGCAUUUCCUGUUGCGAGGCUGGGCUGAAGGCGAGCUCAGAAUGGCCAUGCAGGACGAGUGUGAAUUCCACGGCGCUGGGCGACUGAGUCACGCCGCACCUUUCCUGCCCCGCCCUGCCCUGCCGAGUCCCCGGGGCUAGGCGUGUGUCCUUAAUGCCAUCUGCCCAUCUGUGGCUCCCACCUGAGCUCCUACAGAAGAUCGAAGGAUGUUUGUCCCGAGGUCUCUCAAAGUCAAGAGGAACGCCCCCGACGGAGGCCAAGGCUGCGUGGCCAAGAAAGCGAGACCAGAAGCCGACGUCGUGCGGUGGGAUGAGGGGAGUGGCCCCCCGGCGGACGCUGUCCCUACAGGAGACGCCGCAGCUGCCCACAGGCCACAGGCGGGGCCCGAGCCGGGCGCCCGGGACAGCCUUCCCUCCGACGAGCCUGUCAAGUCCUUUUCGAAAAUGCAGCGCGCGGCGGAGCCCGGGGAGCCCGUGUGCGUCGUCUGUGGCCGUUACGGCGAGUACAUCUGCGACAAGACGGACGAAGACGUGUGCAGCUUGGAGUGCAAAGCGAAACAUCUCCUGCAGGUGAAGGAAAAGGAAGAGAGGUCGGCGCUCAGCGGCCCCCCGGGAGCCGGCUCGCAGCCGCAGGCCCCGCUCCUGACGCCCUACGUCUACCAGGAGCACCCCUUCAUCGCCAGCCUCGGGGAGGACCAGGUCGAGAACCUCAGACACCAGCUGGGCAUCUGCGUCCAGGGGCGGGCUGUCGCCAGGCCCAUCGUGGACUUUGAGCACUGCGCCUUCCCCGAGACCUUGAGCCUCAACCUGACGGCGGCCGGCUACGAGGUGCCCACCCCCAUCCAGAUGCAGAUGACUCCCGUGGGCCUCCUGGGGCGGGACAUCCUGGCCAGCGCGGACACGGGCUCGGGGAAGACGGCCGCCUUCCUCCUGCCUGUCAUCAUGCGCGCUCUGGUCGAGGGCACGUGUCCGUCCGCGCUCAUCCUCACCCCAACGAGAGAGCUGGCCAUUCAGAUAGAGAGACAAGCCAAAGAGCUGAUGAAGGGCCUGCCGGGCAUGAAGACCGUGCUGCUGGUGGGGGGCCUGCCCUUGCCGCCCCAGCUGCACCGUCUGCGGCAGCACGUCAAGGUCGUCAUAGCAACCCCGGGCCGCCUCCUGGACAUCCUGAAGCAGAGCUCCGUCCAGCUCCGCGGCGUGAAGAUAGCAGUUGUGGACGAAGCCGACACCAUGUUGAAGAUGGGCUUUCAGCAGCAGGUGCUGGACGUCCUGGAGCACGUCCCCCAUGACUGUCAGACCGUCCUGGUCUCGGCCACGAUCCCCGCCAGCAUCGAGCAGCUGGCGGGCCAGCUCCUGCGGGACCCCGUGCGGAUCACGGCUGGAGAGAAGAACCGGCCCUGCCCCCACGUGCGGCAGAUCGUGCUGUGGGUGGAGGAGCCCGCCAAGAAGAAGAAGCUGUUUGAGAUCCUGAACGAUAAGAAACUCUUCCAGCCGCCCGUGCUGGUGUUUGUGGACUGCAGGCUCGGGGCGGACCUGCUGAGUGAGGCCGUGCAGAAGGUCACGGGCCUGAGGAGCGUGUCCAUGCAUUCGGAGAAGCCGCAGGCGGAGCGGAGGAGCAUCCUGGAGGGCUUGCUCGGCGGAGCCCAUGAGGUGGUGGUGAGCACGGGCGUCCUGGGACGAGGGCUGGACCUGGUCAGGGUCAAGCUGGUCGUGAACUUCGACAUGCCCUCGAGCAUGGACGAGUACGUGCACCAGGUCGGCCGCGUGGGGAGGCUCGGCCAGAAGGGCACGGCCAUCACCUUCAUCAACAACAACUCCAAGCGGCUCUUCUGGGACGUGGCCAAGAGGGUGAAGCCCACGGGCUCCCUCCUGCCGCCGCAGCUGCUCAACUCCCCGUACCUGCGCGACCAGCAGCGGCGGGAGCAGCAGGGGGACCGGCAGGCCCCGAACCCGCUGGUCACGGGCGCCAACCUCAUGGACAUCAUCCGGAGGCACGACAAGAGCAGCGCCCAGAGAAAAAGACACCGUCGUCUUUGGCAGGCUGAGCCGCACUCAGGUUGUGCCGCCGGUGGCACUCACACCGACACCCCUCUGUCGCCUCUAUGCUUCCUGCUGACCGCAGUGGACACAGCAUUUGCUCACAGGGAGGCAGGCCUGGUACAGGAGGUGGCAGGUCAUUCAAGGUGACUGUCCUGGCGGCCGCCAGUAAGCCGACUCCGGGGAGAUAGGGCCCUUUUGUUGUCCGAGAGGCUCCCUGAGUGACCCCGCUGGGCGGCCGCCGCCCGAAACCGACCAGGGAUAAUUAGGUGAGCGGUCGCGUCCCAUCCCGCCAGGACCUGCCGCGCAGUCACCUGCUACAGUGUGUGGCAUGUGCAGCCUCAUUGCACAGAAUGGCCCGGAAGUAGAAGG